ACUGAGGAUAACUUCAGCUCUGGUGUAAGGAACUCAAAGAUGCCUGGUGAAGUUCUCUCUCAGCUUGGGAAUAACAGCAAUGCUUCUGACCUUUGCCUGGCGGAGAGUCAGCAUGUGUCCAUCACCAUCCUGCUCUGCCUGGUCUUCUUCAUUGGCUUCCUCCUGAACACCUUCAGCCUGUGGGUGUUCUGCUGCCGGUUGCCCUGCUGGACGUCUGGAACCACGCUGCAGUUCCACCUGGCCCUCAGCGAUGCCAUCGCCACACCAGUCACUCCCAUGAUGGCAGUUUACUUUGCUAUGGGUAACAACUGGCCAUUCGGUCAGUUCCUGUGUCAACUCAAGAUUGCCCUGCUGAGUUCACAUUUCUAUGGCAGUACCAUUUUCCUCACUCUCAUCAGCAUUCAUCGGUAUGUGGCUGUUGUUCACUUCAACAGGAGCUCUUGUAUAAAACGGAAGGAGUUUGUCAGGAAGCUCUGCGCUGGAGUUUGGUCUCUGCUACUGAUCCAGGCUCUGAUCUUUGCUUUUACUCUUCCUACCACCACAGAAGGGAAAAACAAACAAUGUCUCUCCAUUCAUCAGACCAAACUGACAGAAUCCUACUUUGUCAUUAACUUUAUCCUGUUUAUCUUCGGGUUUUUACUCCCUUUCUUUGUGUCUGCUGCAUGCUAUAGCCGUCUAGCAAACACCUUAACUCGCUUAAACAUUAGCACAGCUAAAGGUCUGAAAGUGAAGGUGAAAUCUCAGAGGAUGAUAGGUGUGUGUCUGGUUAUAUUCGCUUUGUGCUUCCUGCCUCUGAAUGUGGUACGGACUGUAGGAGUCAUAUUAAAAAAAUACUACCCGCAACAAUGCCAUCUUCUCCUUCAGUUUGAGACAGCAUAUUACGCAACCUGGAUUUUUGCGGGAGUAAACAGCUGCCUGGAUCCACUGUUGUACUACUUCGGUUCGCAAAACUUUCGAGAUACCUUCCAGUCUUUCAGGAAGGGGCAGGUAGACAUUCAGAACAGAAGUGAUUCAGAAAUGACUGGAAAUUUCUAA